AUGUUCUCCGUGAUUCGACCGGGCCUCAACUUGGACACGCGUGAAGAUGGUGGCGAAUUCUCGAAAUUCAAGGAUCACUUACACAGAACAUGCCCGACCAGCGAGCUCGCCCUGCUUGAGCAUCACAGGGCAAUUAAUGGCUCGCUAACCUCCGUGGCCAAUGGCGGAGACGACUUCAAGCUCCCGAAAGACGAAGCUGCAGAAGGCUACUGUGAGGCUGAAGAAGUUCCAGUGGGAAAGGCAGGCAAUAAGCAGCGCCGCGUUCUUCGCGAAAGCAUCCAGGGAAUCACAAAGCCAGCUAUUCGGCGCCUGGCCCGGCGUGGUGGUGUGAAGCGCAUUAGCGGACUCAUCUACGAGGAAACCCGCGGUGUCCUGAAAACCUUCCUGGAGAACGUGCUGCGCGACUCGAUUACCUACACGGAGCAUGCGCGCCGCAAAACAGUUACGGCAAUGGACAUUGUCUAUGCUCUGAAGCGCCAGGGUCGCACCAUCUACGGCUUUGGCGUGGAGAAGUUUGACAGAGACAGGAUGAUCUGGCAAGCCUCCGUGCAAAGGUCCUUUGUUUCACUGUUCUUCGUUUGCGUGAAAGCACGCACACAGAAACAUGUGAAUGCCAUGAGUCCAGCAGCAACUACAUGCUGGUAUUGGCAUCACGUAAUUACGUAUACCUCUCCAAAUCUUGCCUUUAGCGCUCGUGAGCUCACUCGACUUUCUCGCUUCCGGACAGUCCGUGUAAUGUGCGGAAUCUUGGCGCUCUUUGGAGUUCAGGAAGCAGGUCCGCUCAGAAAGCAGGUCGUUGAGGCCGCAAAGCUCCUGCGACACAGAGGACCUGACUGGAGUGGAGUCUACUGCGAGGGAUCCGCAAUCAUUGCCCACGAGCGCCUGGCCAUUGUCGAUCCUGACAGUGGAGAUCAGCCCCUGUACAACGAGGCGAAAGACAUUGUUUUGGGUGUGAACGGCGAGAUCUACAAUUACGAAGACCUGCAGAAGGGUUUGGAGGCUCGUGCUCCCGGCAAGCAUCGCUUCCUCACGAAGAGCGACUGUGAGGUCCUGCUCCACCUGUAUGCCGAGGAUGGCAUCGACUUCAUGUCGAAGAACGAGGUGUGCGGUAUGUAUGCCUUUGCGAUCUGGGACAAGAAGAAGCAAUCGUUGAUGUUGGCCACCCUGGCUUCGAUAACGCCUUCCUCGUUGAUUCGGGUGAUCCCAUUGCCUCAUGCUGGGAACAUGCACAGUAGCAAGCUUUUCGAGAUUCUGAAGAAGGAUGGACACAAUGUUCUCGGCCACAUCCCAAGUGAGGAAUUCCGCGAGAUGCGAAGGCUCACGAUAGACCUCAUUCUCCACACAGACAAGUACUGUCACAGAGAUGUAGUUGAAGACAUUCGCAUCCUGGCACGACAAGGCUACGCACCAAAGAGUGCAGAUCCUUCGUCCGAAGAAGGUGCCGCCAUCCUGCAGGUAGUCAUGCGGGCCAUGCUGUUGACCGCAGACCUCUCCAAUCAGUGCAGGUCGCUGGACACCGCCAACGCCUGGGCUGCAAUGUUGCAACAAGAGCUAGGCCUUCAAGACGAGCAAGAAAGGGAGCUGGGCCUGCAGGUUUUGCCACUGAAUCGCUGGAAGCCUGCGUUAGCCGACCUUCAGCUCCAUCUGGGUACGACUCGCACUGGGCCCCUUCUCGGAGCUUGGGUUCGGGUUUUUCCUGCGCUGGCACCAGCCACGAUGCAGCUCUCGAAAAAUGGGACCAGUUGGGCAGAAGCGUGCAUGACUCAAAACGAGGUCGAAUUUGCAUCUGCAUCAGAUGAACGAGCCAAAAAGAUAGAGGCCAUGCUCGACCCAGCGCGCCCGGCUCCUACACUUGGCGAGGCCACGAAAGGACAUGAUCGUUUCGGGUACUUGGCGGCGGCGAGGCCAUACAUCGGGAGGCAGCAGGUGCCUGCAUCGACCCUGAGCAGCUUGAACACCGCCAGUCUCAGCAGCGGCAGUGCUACUACGUCCCAGCCAGAAACUGCAGCCUCGCCGACUAACCAGCAGCCUCCUCCACUGGUUCGCGAGGUCCGCCGCUGGAAGGAGGGCAAAGGCAUGCAGACAAACAAGGAGUUCCCGUCGUCAAGCAAAGGAAGAGAACUGGUGUUGCUGUACGUGCUGUCUGACCCAAACAGCAACGGAAAGCCGCUUCCUUUCCAAUUCGUCGACCGGAACAGUGCAUCCUUGUCAGAGUCUGCUGCUGCAGAUGUGGCCGUAGCGAAAGGUGUGCGAGCUGCAUCAGAUGACGUGCAAUAUGAUCGCAAGCGUCGAAUGAGCUGCUUUGAUGGAUCACCUGGAGGACAGAUGUUCCAAACCCAGCGAUCAGCUGAUGCCGUCAGCACCAUCGUGGAGCCUGGUCGAUUUGACGAUGUUUUGUCCUCGCUUCUACACGGCAACAUAGUCAUUCCCCACACCGAUCAUGGAACAGGCAGCAGUCCGAUGAUGCCACUUCAUCCUGGCCGUGCUUCGCGAACUUCUCAAGUCGUCUCAGAAAUCUCGGCGGCAACUCGUGAUCGUGCUAUGAUGGCCGCGUCCGUAUUUGGUGUGUUGCUGAGAGGGGACCACUCCAACACCUGA